AGCAGGGGCACUGUGAGUCUGGGAGAACCGUGGGGACAUCAUGGGAAGGGGAACAUCAGAACCAUGGGGACAUCACAGGAAUGGGAACAUCUCAGGAGAAGGGGCAUUGCAGGUCUGGGAGAACCGUGGGGACAUCACGGGAAUGGGAACAUUACAGGAGAAGGGGCAUUGCAGGUCUGGGAGAACUGUGGGGACAUCACAGGAAUGGGAACAUCAGAACCAUGGGGACAUCACAGGAAUGGGAACAUCUCAGGAGAAGGGGCAUUGCAGGUCUGGGAGAACCGUGGGGACAUCACGGGGAUGGGAACAUCUCAGGAGAAGGGGCGUUGUGGGUCUGGGAGAACCGUGGGGACAUCACAGGAAUGGGAACAUCAGGACCAUGGGGACAUCACAGGAAUGGGAACAUCACUGGAGAAGGGGCAUUGCAGACCUGAGAACCAUGGGGACAUCACAGGAAUGGGAACAUCAGAACCAUGGGGACAUUACAGGAAUGGGAACAUCAUGGGAAAGCAGGGAUAUUGUGGGUCUGGGAGAACCAUGGGGGCAUCACAGGAAUGGGAACAUCACAGGUCUGGGGACAUCAUGGGAAAGCAGGGGCAUUGCAGGUGUAGGAGAACCAUUGGAACAUCACAGGAAUGGGAACAUCACAGGAGAAGGGGCAUUGUGGGUCUGGGAGAACCAUGGGGACAUCACAGGAAUGAAAACAUCAUGGGAAAGCAGGGACAUUGUGGGUCUGGGAGCUUCACAGGGUCAUCACAGCAAUGAGGGCAUCACGGAUCUGGGAGCAGCAUGGGAGGCUGGGGAGCACUGUGAGCUCAGGAACAUCAUGGGGGCAUCCUGGGGGUGUCACAGGAGAGCAGGGCCUUUGGGGUCUGGGGGCAGCACGGGAAUGGGGCAUUGUGGGUCUGGGAACAUCAUGGGAGCAUUGCAGGAAUGGGCAUCAUGGGUGUGGGAACAUUGCAGAAGCAGCACGGGAGCAGGAACAGGGUGGGAUGGGACCCAGAACCACGAGCUCCCUGUGGCUCCAGGUGCUCCCCCAGACCAGGCAGGCUGGGACAGCUGCCAUGUUGGGCUGUGAGGUUUGGAGACCUCAGUGUCCC